AUGGAUUAUCUGACAUUUGUUUUUGAUUACUCUAUUAACGAGAAACAAUCAAACGAGAUCUCUGAUUGCUUAGAGCUUACGAAAAUAACAAAAUUAGAAUUAUGUUAUGUUUCAGAUUAUUCUCUCUACAACAUUAAUCUCCUUUCAGAUAUUAAAUAUACAAUUUACUUUGAUGUCGAUUUUAUCAACUUCGAAUAUUGUUACAAUAAUCUUAAGGCUACAAUCAACGACGAGAGAGUUGAAAAAUUAAAAAUUACAAUUGAUUUCAAAAAAUUUUUAUCAAAUGAAGACUCAUUUAAAGAAAUUGACCAGAAAUUUAAUAUGCUCAAUGAUGUCAAGACAAAAAUAAACGAGUACACAUUCAAAAACAUAAAGACUUCACAUUUUUAUUACAUUUUAUCAAAAAUCGGUUCUUCUAAUAAUCAAAUUUCAAUUAAGGUCAUCAACAUUCAGUACGAUAUUCAAUUUACUGAGCAAAAAUUCACUUUUGAUAACUUGGAUUCAAUAAAACAACUCAUUUUUGAUGGAAAUCAACUUUCUGACAUGUUCUUUGAAUUGUUGGACAAAAUGAACUGUUUACAACUGCUUUCUAUGAAUAAUUGUCCAUAUUCGAAUAAUUAUUUUGAUAAAUUCAUGGAUUACAUGGAGAAACAUGGGAAUGUGUUAAGAGGACUUGGUAUUUCUAAUUGGGAUCUCAAAUUGUUCCAAUUAAUUAAAAUAAUUAAUUUUAUUGAACAAAAUCUGAAAAAUAUUCAAGAAUUGUCAAUUGGCAACAGUAAAAUGAAUGCAAAAGUAGAAAAUAGAAUCAUUGAACUCAUUGUUAAUAGCAAAAUCAAAGUUUUUGAUGGAUAUUCAAAUUAUUACAAUCCUGAUACAUAUUUUGAGUUCAUUAAGAAGGUUAAGCAGCAGCAAUACGCAUUCCAAAUCAAAUGGCCCAUGGAAAUCAUCCAACAUUUUCAAAAUCUUCUAAAUUCAGCAACAAACGAAAAUAUCUGGCCAAUAAAGUAUGUGCACAACUAUGUACAAACUGCUGAUAUGAACAAUGUCUGUAUUCACUCAAAUUUUGUUUCUCAAGAUAUUUUUUACAAAGAACUUCACAAUUUCCAUGUCAAAGUCAACAUCGAUUCAAUCAAAGAGGAAGAAUGUUAUCCUGGGUUCUCAAUUUUGCAUUAUUUCAAGAGAUAUGUAAAUAAUGAAAAACCAGGAGUUUAUUUAUGCCGUGAUAAUGACGUUUAUCCACCACGUUAUUAUGCACUCAAGAGAUUCAAUCUUGAGGAUCAUCAAUGCAAAGAUUUUGAAAAAAUAAUUUCAUCUUGUAAAUUUUGCUGUGAAACACAAAUUAACAAGAAACUUGGUAAUGAUUAUUUCACAAUUAUGGAUUACAUACCAGGAUUUCAUCUUAGAGACUGUAUUGAGAAAGAUUUUUUACCAAAAGACCCUGUUAAGCGUUGUCUUGUUGAUUUUAAGAUAAUUUGCAGCUUUGCAUCACAAAUGAUCACUUUGGUUGAGAAUAAUGUCUAUCAUCCAGACAUUUCCUUUAAUAAUUUAGUUAUUGACAAUGAUUUCUAUGGCCACCUCAUUGAUUUCCAAAAUGACUUGAAAACUCUUGGAACUCUUUGUUGUGUGGUACCUUUUAGAUAUCCAGAACGUGAAAAUUUGACGAAAUCAGGUUUGAUGAUGUAUUCUUUUGGUUCCACUUUGUAUAAACUGCUUUCUGGAGAGUACAUAUUCAAAGAUGUGGACAGAUUCGGUGAUGCAACUAAAUUAUAUGAUGAUACGUAUCAAAAAGAAGAGAAUUUGAAGAAAUUGCUUCCUUAUCAGCAAAAAUUGUUCACAGAAUUGAUUUAUCCUAUUUGUUUUUGUUGGGAUGAUGAAGAGAACAGAAAUCCAGAAAUAAUCAAAGAUAUUCUAUACAAAAUUGUAAAAGAAUUUGUUUUCAAAGAGAAUUUCGGAUCACGAGAAUAUGAUGACUCCUUUAUAUACGAACUUAAUGAAAUUCUUUAUUUCUGCUUCGAAGAAAGCAAAAUUAAGGAAUCACCAAGAAUUCCGCAGUUUUGGGGAUCUCUACAAGAAAUUAGAAAGUUCUAUGAGAAUUACAAACAAUAUAAGGAAAUCGAUGAAAUACGAAAAAUAUCUCAAGCUCUGGAAAAAGAACUGAAUCUCUUUGGCAUAAACAAAUAA